GCUCACUUGAAGGCAAAAUCUUCUGAUUUUGUGGUUUUAUUCGUUCAUCGCCCUAUUCCUCCCUUCGCCUCUCUGCCGCCGCCGCAACACUUCAACCUCCCAAUCCAAUGGCUUCGGAGAAGAAAUUGUCGAACCCAAUGAGGGAGAUUAAGGUUCAGAAGCUCGUCCUCAAUAUCUCCGUCGGUGAGAGUGGAGAUCGUCUCACCAGAGCCGCCAAGGUGCUCGAACAACUUAGUGGCCAAACCCCAGUGUUCUCCAAAGCAAGGUACACUGUUCGAUCCUUUGGGAUUAGAAGAAAUGAAAAGAUUGCAUGCUAUGUCACUGUUAGAGGUGAUAAGGCAAUGCAACUUCUGGAGAGUGGUUUGAAGGUGAAGGAGUAUGAACUUCUGAGGAGGAACUUCAGUGAUACCGGCUGUUUUGGCUUUGGUAUUCAGGAGCAUAUUGAUUUGGGAAUCAAGUAUGAUCCUUCCACUGGUAUUUAUGGAAUGGAUUUCUUUGUUGUUCUGGAGCGCCCUGGUUAUCGUGUGGGUCGUCGCCGCAGAUGCAAGUCCCGUGUCGGAAUCCAACACCGUGUAACAAAGGAUGAUGCAAUGAAGUGGUUCCAGGUGAAAUAUGAGGGAGUGAUCCUUAACAAAUCCCAGGCAAUUGUUUAGUUAAACCAAGUUCUCUUUAGGAGUAAGCUACUACUGUUUUUGUCAACUAUAGUUUGAUCAUCUGGGAUAGUGUCUUAAUUUUCAGGCAGAUUUUGAAUCAUUGUUUUUAUUAUAUUUUCUGUUGUUUUUUGAUGAAGCACAUGGAUUAACUUUGACAUGUUAAAAUACUCUUAUGCUAAGUUUCUGAACCUCCAGUAAAGCAAGGCAAACAAUUUUCGUUA